AGUCAAUACCCCAAAUGACUAUGGUUUCAUAUUAUUCUUUGAUCAAACCAUAACAUGGAGGUAAAACCAGAAUCAAACAUCCAAUUCUGCUUGACAUGCUGCUAAGCUAUGCCUCCAUCAGGCCAAACUGGUUUUAUAAAAAUAUUCACCAAUCAACUCAAUCUAAUUCAAUCUCUUCAGAAAGUUAAAGCAAAGAUCAAGCACAAGAUGACCAGAGACAAAAAGGAAACUGAUCAAGAUGAUAAAGAGAGGUUGGAUUUUGAGCAUAACGAGGUUGAUGUGAUCAGCUCUUUACCUAAUGAAAUCCUUUGCAGAAUCAUUUCCUUUCUCCCUUUUAAGUCUGCCGUCCAAACUAGUUUACUUUCCAUCCGAUGGAAAAACUUAUGGAAGAUGGCUUUAUUGAAAGAUGGGACUAAAGAGGAAGCUGUCACUGCUGUUUUCAACUUUCUCAAUGAUUUUCCUCAACUUCAUCAACCAAGAAACAACUGGGGGUUGCAAUAUAACUUUGAUCAAGGUAGUGUCCUCUUUGUUGCCAUUGCACCUGCUGGUAUACUUCAUCUAGAUUUCUCCGCAGGGAAACAAGAAUCUCAAAGGCAAUUUAGCUUGUCCUUGGGGCAAAACCAGCGAAUUUACUACUACUACCAGCCAUCUCUUUCCACUGCAUUCAACUUGAAAGCUCUUUAUCUUGUAUCAGUUAGUCAUGUUUCUUCAGAGAUGGUUUCUUGUCUGUCGUCCAAUAUCCCAUCUCUUGAAAGUCUGACAAUAGCAAAAUGCAAUGGAUUACAAUCUAUACAACUUGGGAGUAAUUCAGAGCUUCAAAAAUUAACUGUCUUAGAUUGCUUGCAAUUGGAGUCUAUCAGGAUGCAUUUCAAUUUACAGUUUAGGUUAAAGUCCUUCCGAUGUCGAGGAAGAGUUGUGUGUUUUAAAUAUUAUGAUGAAGAUCCACUCUACUACCGGUAUCCUCGUGCCAAUGAUCAUUCACAUUUGGAGCUGAAAGACGCCAUGCUUGAUUUUAGACAAGGCCCUGGCUACUAUGGCAUCAAUAUACCUGGCUUUGAAUCCAUCACUCACAGCAUAAGAUGGGUCAAGACUCUGACAUUACGUAGAUGGGUUUUCGAGGAAUUGAUCUUACCAGAGCUAAACCUUUUAGGUGAAGGCUUCUGCAAGCUAACAGAAUUGUGGUGGAUUGAUAAUUCACCAGAGAGAUAUAAUAGUAAUGCCUUAAUCUCCUUUCUCAAACUCUGUCCUCGGUUAACCAGGCUCUAUAUCACUAUCGAUCCUAACAGCUACAACAUGGCAAACAUAAAGAUGUCUUCGAUCAAGGUCACGAGGCCUAUGAAAUUGAAGCAUCUCAAGGCUGUCAAGUUAGAAGGAUUUGCCAAUGAGGAAGAGGAGUUUGAUCUGGCAAAGCAGUUGAAAGAGGUAUUGCAAGCAGAACCACUGAUUAUAAAGUGGGAUGGAACUGUGAGAAGUCUAACAAAAGUACAAAACCAGCUAAAGAAAGGGACAGAUCCAUAUGAAUAUAUUGAGCAAAGAGUUGAAAAUCUUAAUGAAUUAUGUCCUAAACAUCCUCACAUGGACCACUAAAGGGAAGAAGUUUUCACUUGUUAUACCUGUAAAUCAUUCACCAAAACAGAAGAAGGAAACCAUAAUCUCAAUUUUGUAUCUUUGAGGAUUGAAAGGAUUUUUGUUAUUGUACCUUUGGUUCUUGGAUGGGAAGUGCAUGCAUUGUAUUGAAAGGAUUUGACGUUUGAGAUUUUUGCUAACAUUCCUUAUACGUUAUACCAAGUCAUUGCUUGCAUUAGAAGUUAGCUGGAUAUUGUUGAAACACUUUAAAAGGGUAAAUUAUAUUGGCAUCCCUGAAGUUUGCUACUGAUUAAAAUUGGCAACCGUAUUUUUGGAAAAUUACAAUCCAAUAUCUUUAAAUUUUCCUUCCUUUGUGGUGAAUUUAGUAUUACUGCCAAAUGCUACCAAUUAGGACAUACUACUGAAAUUGAUUGAAAAAUUUUGGGUGGUUUUAAUUUGAAAAGUAGAAAAAGAUUGUUCUGAUGUAUAAUUAAGAGUGAGC